GGAAGUGCGUGUCGGCCCCGCCCCCGCUGCGCCCAGCUGCGCUGUUUGUUGUGCUCCGCCGCGCCCGGUCCCGCCGCUCGCAGCCAACCAGGGCCGCCGCCGGCGCGAGUGGCAGCUGCGGCCGCCAGUGGGAUCGUGUGGAGGCCGCGGAGCUGCCCGCGUUUGGUCCGCCAUGUUAGGCUCUUCGGCCCGUCUGACAGGGAUCCCCUGAUCUCCUUCGCAAGGCGGCAUGGAGCCGCAGGUGAACCUCCGCGUCACCUGCCGUGGGGAGAGCCAAAGUUUCCUGGUGUCGGACUCGGCACACACAACGUGGGCAGAUGUGGAGGCCAUGGUAAAAGUUUCAUUUGACCUGGGCAACAUUCAGAUCAAGUACAUUGAUGAGGAUAAUGAUGAGGUCUCUGUGAACAGCAAAGAAGAAUAUGAAGAAGCUCUAAAGAUUGCAGUUAAGCAAGGAAAUCAACUUCAGAUGAAUGUUUACGAAGAAGACUGUUGUCUGAAGACAGCUUCAAGUCCUCAUUCCUCACAGCUCCAUGAAAAAAGUGGGGCAGAAAAGUUGCUGCUUCUUGAGGAGAAGAAACCUCUCGUGCACUCCUCUGUGCUAGCUCAGGGGGUAGAAGAAGACUUCAAAAAUGGGAAGGAGCUGACGUUUCAGCAAAAGUUAAGUCAUAAUAGAGAAGGAAGAAUAAAUGAAAACCCCCCGGAAUGGUUUACCAGCUACUUGGAAACAUUCAGAGAACAAGUUGUUAAGGAAACUGUUGAGAAGCUGGAGCAGAAGCUAUAUGAGAAGCUCGUUCAUCAGAGUCAGCCUCCAGACCUUUCUGAGAGCUCUGUCACAGCAGUACCUUCAGAGAGUCAGCUGGGGAAUGGCAGCCAGUGCGACUGGCUGAUCUCCUGCUGCAGCUGCCAGGCCAGGAUCGUUGGAGUUCGCUACCAGUGCAGCCUCUGCCCAGCCUACAACAUCUGUGAGCAGUGCGAGGCAGGGCCGUACAUGCACGAUCCCAACCAUGUCCUGCUCAAGCUGCGCAGACCUGUGCUGGGCCCUGCUGACAGCCACGGCCCUGCUGAGGGCACACCUCGUAUGCCUGCCACCCUGGAGCAAGUCAGGCUGCAGAAACAGAUGGACAAGAGGUUUCUGAAGGCAGAAAAGCAGAGACUGCGAGCAGAGAAGAAGCAGAGAAAAGCAGAAGUCAGAGAGCUCAAAAAGCAGCUAAAAUUGAACAGGAAAAUUCAUCUGUGGAACUCCAUCCAUGUGUUGGAAGCCAGUGGCUCACCUGCUCCGAAAUCUGACAAUGUCCAACCUAAUGCCUUCCUGGCUCCCAAUCAACCCUUCCAAGCGAUUGUCCCAACGCUAAGUGCGGUGUUUGUGGAUGAGAACUUGCCCGAUGGGACUCGCCUGCAGCCAGGGACGAAGUUCAUCAAGCACUGGCGGAUGAAGAACACUGGCAGUGUGGAGUGGGGCUCGGACACAAAGCUGAAACUGAUGUGGGGAAACCUGACCUUGGCAUCUUCUGAAAAAAAAGAUGUGUUAGUGCCAUCCCUUCCAUCAGGACAUGUAGGAACUGUCUCAGUUGAGUUUGUAGCUCCUAAUAUAGAAGGAACUUACACCUCUCACUGGAGGUUGUCACACAGAGGGGAACAGUUUGGGCCCAGAAUCUGGUGCAGUAUUGUUGUGGAUCCCUCCCCACCUACUGACUCUUCAGAAUGCAACUGGAAGGAUUCUGACUCCUGUGAGAAGGAUGAGACUUCCAGCACCAAACAGGAUGCUUCCUUACAGACAGAAACAGGUACCCAAGUGAUGGGUGAAAUCAUGGAGCAGGCUGAAAUACCUUCACCAGCUAUUCCUUUGAAGAUCAAAACUCUGCCAAGUGAGAGAGAAUUUUAUAUCCCAUCUGUUGAUCUCCUCACUGCACAGGAUUUGCUGUCCUUUGAGCUGCUGGAUAUCAAUAUUGUGCAGGAGCUGGAGCGAGUGCCACACAACACUCCUGUUGACAUGACUCCAUGCAUGUCCCCUUUGCCACAUGAUAGCCCCUUGCUGGAGAAACCUGGCUUGGGUCAGAUAGAGGAGGAAAAUGAGGGGAGUGGAUUUAAACCAGUGCCUGGAGUGACAGAAGCCUGCUCUCCUGCAGAUACUUGUGUAGUGAAGGUGAAGGCUGAGCAUCCACUCACCCAGGAGGAAGGAGAAGAAGAUAUGAGUGGGACUCAGUUUGUGUGUGAAACUGUAAUUCGCUCUCUAACCCUGGAUGCUGCACCUGAUCAUAAGCCCCCACAAAAAAAGAAGUCUCCCCAGAUGUUGCAAGAUGCCUUCAGUUGCAAUGGGAUAAAUGAAGAAUCUACUAGGAUAAAACCUAAUUCCACUUUCAGAAAGGAAGCAAAUACUAAUCAGUCAGAGCCAAUGGUAGAAAAUGACUCUGGGGACCUCCUGCUGUCUGAGAGAGCAAGCUCCUGCAGUGACCCUGGCAAUUCUGAUGAAGAAGAUAAAGAUGAUGUUCAAAGUCAAGGCUCCUCUGCUUCAUCAGAGGAUUAUAUCAUUAUUCUCCCUGAGUGCUUUGACACCAGUCGUCCUUUAGGGGAGUCUAUGUAUAGCUCAGCUCUUUCUCAGCCCAGUUUGGAAAAGACAGGAGAGCCUGAAACAAGAGCAGAGAUUCCAGAAGGGGGAAACCAGCAACAGAUUCACAAUAUCAGUGAUACUCCAAUAACUUCACAGGCACCAGCUGUAGUCCCCCUUGCCCCAGACACUGCAGAUACCUUACCCCAGAUGCAAAGGAAUCUUGCAUCUCUUCAGAAUCCUGUCUUCCAAGAGCCAAACCCACCCUCUGCAGAGAAUCUCUCUUCCACUCAUAAGCAGCUAAGAGAAGAACCCAGUGGUGAAGACAGUCAUGGACCAGGACCUUCUGGAUUUGUAGCUAGUAAACAGAAGUGCUCAGAAUACCCCAGAUACCCUCAAGGAAGCAGCAUUGCAGGAGAAUUGGUUAAAGGAGCUUUGUCAGUUGCUGCUUCUGCCUACAAAGCGUUGUUUGCUGGACCACUCACAAUAGAACAGCAGCCUGCAGUUGCAGAAGAGCACACGGCCACUCUUCUGUCCAGUCUGUGUGAGAUGGGCUUCUGUGACAGGCAGUUAAACCUGCAGCUGCUGAAGAAACACAACAAUAACAUGGUUGAAGUGGUAACUGAGUUGCUUCAGAUCAGUAACAGUGACUGGUACAGCAACAGAUGCUGAACCUUCCCGGGGCAAGGAGAAAUGAUCUUCAUUUAGUAACCUUUCUUUAAAUGCUGCAACAGUAGCAGGUUGCUCCUCAGCCACUUUCUCUCUGGAGGUGUGACUCCAGCUUUGGCUUUUCUUUGAGCUUUUGACCUUUAUGUUUUUUUUUCUUCCUGGAAAUGUCAAACAGUGCUUGUCACAGCAUCUUCUAGAGACCAGGAUUUCAUCUCCUAUUUGGACCUCCUAGCUAAAUGAGUAGUCUUUAGUUUCAUACUGAAUCCUUUUGUCAGGGAAUCCUGUAGAAUUCAUUCAACUUCCAACCAGACAAGAACAUCCCAUUUACUGUGUGUAUGAGUAUUCUAUUUUUGCAGGCAGCUGGGAACUUGUUGACUUUAAUAAGCUUUGGAAUAGGAACCGAUGUGAAAUGCUGCUGUAAAAUAGUCUUGCCUAUGCACAAGAGAUGCCCCUAGUGAGCAGGUUGUUUCUUCUGGGAUGGUGUAGCAAUUGACUUGUCCAGUGCAUGAUAGCAGUGUAACAGACUUAAACCUUACUUGUGAUUGCUGGAAGAAACAAACAAAAAAAAACCUGUCUGGAAGUGUCCAACUACUUGUAAAAAGUCUGAAAGUGUAACCACUGUUAGUGAUGAAUACCAGGAAAUUGCCUCCUGUAACUGAAUGAAACAGGAGAGUGAACUCACCAGCAAUAUUUGACCCAGCUUUAGCAAUGACAGAAGAAUGCUGCCUGCAGAAAGUGUAUUGUUAGGAGUGGAGUACAAGGGUAGAAAAGGCCUUCCUGAGAACCUUCACAGGCUCUUUGUAAAAAUGUUUAAAAUUCAAUCACUAUCUUAAGUGUAGUGCAAACCACCUUAGCCUGUUAAUACCACGUAGAGGAACUGGAGAAUGUGUAGAAACCUAGGUUGGAAUUGGAGUGCGAAUCCUGGUUGUGUGUAGGAGGGGGAGGACUGCUCAAGGUGGGGGUUGUGACUUAGAGGAAGUCAUUAACUCGUAUAUUUCUGAGCUUACAGCCUCCUGUGAUGGUUUUAGCCUCUCCUGUGUUUCCAGAGACACAGCUGUAGGAUUAAUCUUUCUCAGAAGAUUUUUGUUUUAGAUGCCCACCUUUAAUUUGGAAAUCUUAAAGAGUUCUUGACUGAACGUGCUGUGAAAGAUUUGAUUCUGACAAAAACACAAGCAAUGAGCAGCAUACACUGCUGUGCAGUGAGGUGUCCAUAGAUAACUUCUCAGAGUCCAGUCCCUCUGAAGGUGACCGCAGUAUGAGCUGUCUGCUUGAUCUGGAGUAAGCUUUUGUCCUUGUUGCAAUGAGAGACCAUUGAUCCUACAAUAUUUCUGCUUCAUAGAAGGCUGUUCUUGUGCUGUCCCAAUGUAGCUGGAGCAGUAUCAGUAUUGUGACUGACUGGGUGAUCAGGGGGAGUAAUUUUUUAAGACAUGAUCCCCUUAGAGAUAAGAUACUUCUAAAACUGAAGAAAAACGUGUAUCAUACCAUUUUUGUUUUAAACCUAUUUUUAUAGAGUGUGGGAGAUUAUACUCUUAAAUGUUUAUUUUGAAAUACAGUAGAACUAUUUUGCAGUGUUUCCCAUCUCCCUGUACAACUGUCUGCUGUGGACCACAAAGUUUCCUGUCAUUUGAAGCCACUUGGGUUUUUUUUUUUCCCUACCUUAACUUAUGCAUCUGUUUUGAAUAGCUUUGGCUUGUGCCAGCUCUGGAAUGAAGAGGAAAGGACAUGAGUGAAGUGAAGCUUGGGAGCACAGUCUUGGUUCUCAGCUUUGAGCUGGAGUGCCCAUCAGGACACAUGUUCUUUCUCAGUGCACCCCUCUGCUUAGAAAGUUAAUGUUCUACAACUUAAUAAAACACUAUGCUGUUUGGGGUGCACUUCAUUGCAGAUUGAAAUGUGAAGUGUGAAAUGGUGUUUUCUGUAGGCUACUUUUUAGUAGGGUUUAGAUAAGUCUCAGCAUACAUUAAGAGAAAUAUUUCCCCUGGCUUUGUAUAUUUUGUUAAUGGAUGCAUGGUAUAAUUUAAUAUAUUCUAUAGUGCAGAUAUGACCUCUGUAUCUCGUUUAGGGUGAGCACUUUAAACUCAGCUGUAGGGGGAGGAGGACGACGACCUCUUUCUCUGCUGUUACAAUAAAACUCUCGAUCCCUC